AUGUUUAAGUUGAAAUUAUAUCACAAUACAACUUUUUUGUGGUAUUAUCGUUUACAACCCUGUUUUAGUGUGGUUGACAAAAACGUCAAAAAAUACAACUCCAAAAUAGCAGUUGUUUUUAAUGUAUUAUUAAUAAAAAUGGAAAGCGGAAAAAACAGAGUUACAACAAAACAACAGUUUGAAAAACUUGUUGAACUAAUGGAGAAGCAUCCCGAAACAGGUCGAGGUAAACCGCAGUUUGGAUGCAGCAAAAAUAAAAAUAAAGAAUUGUGGGAGGAAUUUGCAUCGAUGCAUCCCAAAACUCCCGGAAACCCAGUUUUUGAAUAAAACCACAGUUUUGAGGCGUUUUGAUCUUCUUCAGACAUUUCAGUUUUUAUCCAUUUCGCGCAAACACGCUGCUCGAUGAUAUUUAAAACUUCUUUCAUAACAACACUUAUUGUAGGCUGCGCCAAUCCAACAUUAAAGUCGUUUCCAGAACUUUUUUGAUAACUCCCGUCAGCCAGAAAUCUGAGAGUUGCACAUAGCUUCAAUAUAGGGGGUAUAGCGGUACCUCGGACAGGUUUUUUGAAAUAAUCAUUUAGUUCAUUCAGAAGGAAGCAAAAGGCUUCCU